CCCAACCCCCCCUCAUUUCCCCUCACUCAGAUGGCCUUUUCCACCUCCACCACCCCCUUACUCUCCCAAUGUCCACCACCCCACAACCGUCGCCGCCCUUGACCUCCACCUCCUCCACCGCCACCUCCGCACCUAAAUCUCCCUCAUUCACCCAGAGUCUCACCUCCAUCGGCCUCGGUUACGCCAUUGCCAUCGCCCUCGGCUUCCUCGUGCUCUUCUCCACUAUUCUCCUCGCCUCCUACAUCUGCUGCCGAUCCGCCGCCGCACGCCGCCGUCGCCGGAACCAGCAGAGAGAGAAUUCGAACCCUAAUCGCUCUAACGAGAACAGCAUCUACCUCCCCCGCAUAAUCUUCGUCGCCGAGGAUGACGAGAACGAGUCUCAGAACGUCGUCGUGGGGUUGGACCAGGCGGUUAUUAACUCCUACCCGAAGCUCGUUUACUCGAAGCGGAACGGGAACUGGGGGAACGACACCGUUUGUGCGAUAUGCUUGUGCGAGUACCGUGAGUCGGAGAUGCUGCGGAUGCUGCCCGAUUGCAAGCACUGUUUUCACGUGACGUGUGUGGACGCGUGGCUGAAGCUCAACGCGUCCUGCCCCGUUUGCCGGCAGUCGCCGCUACCUACGCCGCUGUCGACGCCGUUGCAAGAGGUGGUACCGCUUUCUCAGUACUCCGAUUGGCGGAGGCGCCAAUGAGGGAGGGUGAAUUUGGUAAUUGGGGGAAUAUUUAGGGGUUGAAUUGUAUUUCUAGCUUAUUGGUGGAUGAAAAUGUAAGAAAGUUGUCUGACUUAAAUACUUUCUUUUGCUGGAAAAAUUGAAGAUAGCAAGUGAAAUAUUUAUUACGUAA